AUGAUAGCCGAUUUUGGUGUCUCGUGCGAAUUCGAGGGCAUUGACGCAUUUCUGUCGGGAACUGCCGGUACUCCAGCAUUUAUGGCUCCCGAAGCGCUAACAGAGGGUUCCAAUCAUUUUUACUCUGGUAGAGCUCAAGAUAUUUGGUCGCUAGGAAUAACACUUUAUGCAUUUGUGAUAGGAAAGGUGCCUUUCUGGGAUGCAUAUGUGAUUGCGCUGCAUCGGAAAAUCAAAAACGAUCCGAUAGUUUUUCCAAACGAGUGAGU